UUAGCCUUACAUUCUCACCCUGGGACGACACAGAGUCACAGCUCUGCUCUCCCCAGGCUCCUGCUGAUAGUCUGGAGGAGGUACGACCCCGGCAUCACUGAUCUCCACCGACCUCUGUCUUCUGACCCUGCACGUCUCCGCUCCGCUGAGGCCCGGUCCCACCCGACCGCCUGCGCUCCAACCAGUCUCUCCUGGGAAGCAGCUUGGACCCUUUUUCUUGGCACCGGUAUCCAUCGUCAGCCAGAGAAAGGUGGACCCAUUGAGUGGCAGAGAUGGGAGACUGGAGUCUCCUGGGGAAUUUCCUGGAGGAGGUUCAGGAACAUUCCACGUCGGUGGGGAAGGUGUGGCUCACCGUGCUUUUCAUCUUCAGAAUCCUAGUCCUCGGUACUGCUGCAGAGUCCUCCUGGGGGGACGAGCAGAGUGACUUCCUGUGCGACACCCAGCAGCCUGGUUGUACUAACGUCUGUUAUGACCAUGCGUUUCCUAUUGCACACAUCCGCUACUGGGUCCUGCAGAUCGUCUUCGUGUCCACGCCGUCACUGAUCUACAUGGGCCACGCCAUGCACAUCGUGCGGAGGGACGAGAAACGAAAGAGGCAGCAGGAGGAGAGGGAGGAGAGAGGAGAAGACGGGAGCGUGUCCGGGGAGAAGGCUUACCUUCAGCAGGGGGACAGUGGGAAGGCGCUGGAGGCUUCCGGGCGAUUCCGCCUGCGAGGCGCGCUGUUGUCCACGUACAUUCUGAGUAUCCUGAUCCGCACGGUGAUGGAGGUGACGUUCGUUGUGGUCCAGUACAUGAUCUACGGCGUUUUCCUUCGGGCUCUGUACCACUGCAAGGCCUGGCCCUGCCCGAACCCAGUCAACUGCUACAUGUCCCGGCCCACGGAGAAGAAUGUGUUCAUUGUCUUCAUGCUGGUGGUGGCUGGUGUCUCCCUGCUCCUGUCUAUCAUCGAGCUCUACCACUUGGCUUACCGGCGGAUCAGGAAGUGCAGGCGAACCCGCAAGGACACCGACCGUAAAGCCGCAGCCAUUACAGUCACCACCAACCCUGACACCCCGUCUGGUGGCAACUCCCAGGGCUGCACCCCUCCCCCUGAUUUCAACCAGUGCCUGGCGUUGUCAGGUUCGAUGGCACCCUUGGCCUCGGUGCCUUCUCACCCAUUCAACAACAGGAUGGCACACCAGCAGAACUCUGUCAACAUGGCCACCGAGCGUCAUUCCCAUGACAACCCAGAGGGCGAGGGAGGGUUCCUGAGGAUGAGUUACAGCCAGGCACCAGGGAAGACGCCCGACGAGUGCUCUGCUCCGCCCCUGCUUCAUGCCGGGUACAUUAAUGACACACGGCGCUUGAGCAAAACCAGCGGCACCAGCAGCCGAAUCCGACCAGACGACCUGGCCGUGUAGAACCAAACAGAGACAGAGAGAGUGGCUGGGAAGGAGGUGAGGAAGUAGACUGGACUAGACCAUGGGAGAAGGCUCUGCCUAGAGGGAAGUGGAGCAAAAAUGGAGCAGGCAAGACAAACACAGGGGUUAAAGAUGUUUGCCAUCUCAGAGGGGCUAAAGAUGUUUGCCAUUUCCGAGUGAAGGGCUCCAUUCAGAAGGCACCAAGCGCAGCAGCCUAUGGGUUGAAUGGAUUUUGAUAACGUCCCCCAUACUGGACAGAGCUGUUAGAAUGUUGGGAGACCUGGCUUUUUUUGUUUGAGCAAUAAGUGGCUGGCCAAACUUGAGCAAAGACAUGAAAACUGUGAUUAAGUAUGCAAAAGAGAAAUUAUGCAAAAGAGAAAUGUACUGUACAUUUUGAAAUCACAAUAUCCUUGAUAUGAAAAAUAAUGGCACAUGUUUUUGAUGUUUUUCAGUUCACAGACCAGUAGAUAGAACUUAUAAUUUAGAAAAUAUUAUACAUAUUCAGUAUGCCAUAUUCAGUAUGCCAAAACCAGUCCAACUGUCUACGCAGCUGGUCAUAAUAACACAAAUGUUGAUUCACACAGACACAAGCUGUCACCAGCACUGAAACAUGCAUUGAAACAUGCACUGAAACAUGGGCGGUGAGAGGACCUGAGAAGGCUGUCUCUAAUACCUGACUUUCAGUGACUGAGGAUAUAUGCAGCUGCGAUGUGGUCUAGAAAGUAAAUCUGUUACACACAUCCAUGUUACACACAUCGCUGUUACACACAUUACUGUUUCACACAUUACUGUUCCAAACAUUGCUGUUACACACAUUACUGUUACACAUAUUACUGUUACACAUAUCACUGUUAAACACAUCAUAUCACCUUCAAAUAUAACAGGAGCAACUGUUUUAUGUGUUAAAUCCUGAUGUCAUGUACAUAUAGUGAUAUACCACUUGGGGAACAAAGAGGCAGAUGUUUGGCACAAGGAAAAAAAUAUGCCUGCUACCUUCAUAUUCAACAUGUAGUAGACUCAGAAGUGUUGUGCGCACUCAGGUACAUGUAGUUAGAAACUAUGCAAAAGUAAUCAAGUGCCUACAAAGGGUGAAACUACAAAAGGCUCAGAGUAAAAGUAUUUUUGACCCCAAGUUACAUUUGUGAAAAUGUCCAAAUAUGAAUCAAAAUUCAGAAGCCAUAUAUGUAAACAAAUGGAUCAAGGCCAGAAAAAUGGUUUUAAAGUUGAUUAUCCAGCAUAUACAUUAUAUGUUUCUGAUCUUCAAAGAUGGUGUAUUCCUUGAAUUACAUUACUUAACGGUGGGAAAAGGUGAAUUAAUUGUCAAAGUGGCAACUUUAUUCAAGUGUCGGCAGUACAUGUAUUGUGUAUUUUAAUCCAUGUAUACAUUUUAUUAUAAUUUUAAGGCCAGGCUGGUCAGAAAAUCAAACAUAUACACUCACCUAAAGGAUUAUUAGGAACACCAUACUGUGUUUGACCCACUUUCGCCUU